AUGGCCCUGGGUAUUUCGGACCGGCCCAUUAUCAGAUGCUCGUUUUAGAACCAAUUGAUUACCCCCACUGUUCCCCCCCAGCAGGGAACGGAAUUAUUAUAGAGAGGGCCCAAUGGGCCUGUUCCUGAAAGUGGGCCUCACUUGGGUCCAGCUCGUAGUCCGUUCUUUGAGGCCCAUCUUUGGGCAGGGGAGGGCCGAAAAUCGACAUGUUAGCUUGGGCUGGCCUUAGGGAUUACGGGCCGGCCCAUUAUAAUCGGCCAUUAAAGAGACUCGCGGGGGAACGGAUUUUCAAUAAAAUGCUUGUAAACAUGUGGAAUAACAGAAAGCCCCUGAGUGUGCAGAAAUAGUAGAAGCGGAACUGUUAUUACAGUGGAAGAGAGUGAUUAUUCCGUACACACGAUCUAAGCACGUCUGCGACGAAUAGUAGUCAGUAGACGAGAGAGAAAGAGAGAGAGAGAGAUAGCGAGAAGUGACGACAGCGUCCGACGGCUGGUGCAGAAGCUCUGCUACUUGCCGGUGUCACCGCUCGGGAGGUUCUUACGGAAGGCUUCCUCCUCCACCGAAACCUCCGCCACCGCCGAAACCUCCGCCGCCGCCAAAUCCUCCGCCACCUCCUGCGCCGCCGCCGAACCCGCCUCCGGCGCCUGCACCACCUCCGAAUCCGCCCCCACCGCCGGCUCCGACGCCUCCGCCGAAGCCUCCUCCAGCGCCGCCACCGACUCCGCCACUUUUACCGAACCCUCCUCCGGCGCCACCACCAAGUCCACCACCUCCUCCGACGCCGCCACCGGCACCGCCACCAAGUCCACCACCUCCUCCUACGCCGCCACCAAUCCCACCACCUUUACCGAACCCCCCUCCGGCGCCACCACCAAGUCCACCGCCGGCUCCGCCACCGAGUCCACCACCUUUACCAAACCCUCCUCCGGCGCCUCCGCCAAGCCCACCGCCGGCUCCGCCACCGAGUCCACCGCCUGCACCACCACCGAGUCCACCACCUUUACCAAACCCUCCUCCGGCGCCUCCGCCAAGCCCACCGCCGGCUCCGCCACCGAGUCCACCACCUUUACCAAACCCUCCUCCGGCACCUCCGCCAAGCCCACCGCCGGCUCCGCCACCGAGUCCACCGCCUGCACCGCCACCGAGUCCACUGCCUGCACCGCCACCGAGUCCACCACCUUUACCAAACCCUCCUCCGGCGCCUCCGCCAAGCCCUCCGCCGGCUCCGCCACCGAGUCCCCCACCAGCACCACCACCCAGUCCGCCGCCAGCACCACCACCACCACCCAGUCCGCCACCAGCACCACCACCACCACCCAGUCCGCCGCCAGCACCACCACCACCACCCAGUCCGCCGCCAGCACCACCACCACCACCCAGUCCGCCGCCAGCACCACCACCACCCAGUCCGCCACCAGCGCCGCCACCAAGUCCACCCCCAGCACCACCACCCAGUCCGCCACCAGCGCCGCCACCAAGUCCACCCCCAGCACCACCACCCAGUCCGCCACCAGCGCCGCCACCAAGUUCACCCCCAGCACCACCACCCAGUCCGCCACCAGCGCCGCCACCAAGUCCACCCCCAGCACCACCACCCAGUCCCCCACCAGGGCCGCCGCCAAGUCCGCCACCAGCACCACCACCAAGCCCGCCACCUUUGCCAAAACCCCCACCAAUGCCACCGCCUCCUCCAAGUCCACCACCUUUGCCGAAACCACCACCCAGCCCACCUCCCCCUCCGAGCCCACCACCUCCACCUAGCCCCCCUCCGGCUCCUCCUCCAAGACCUCCCCCCGCGCCACCGCCGCCGCCGAUGCCCCCUCCGAGGCCGGCACCGCCACCCAGUCCCGGUCCGCCGCCGAAGCCCCCACGACGCCCGAAACCGCCGCCAUGUUUGAACCCCUUACCGAAGAUGCCGCGGCCGAGGCCUCCGAAACCGUGGCGCGGGCCGAAGAAGAAGUGCUUGUCGUCCUCGACGGCGCCGCCACUGUCGCCGGCGACCCCGCUCGACAGCAACACAAGAACCACGAGAGCUGCACCCCACACCCCCAUUCUUCUUCUCUCCCAAGCCUCUCGUCUUCCCCUCCCCCUGCAACUCCGAUAGCUGCAUGUGGCCGUGGGACUAAAUUUAUAGUGUUCUUACAGAAAUGCCGCCACGGUGAUUUUACUCUUCUCAACGGCCACCAAACUUAGCCAGUAAUGGGAGAAACCAGAGAGAGAGAGGAGAAGCUCUGGGUUCUCUCAAACUGCUCAACAAGGAGUCUGUGUUCAGCGCGUAGACUUGACCUAAAGACGUCCUCCCUCUCUCUCUGUCUGUCCGCAAUUCUCUCUGGCCUCUGCAUUGAUGGCGGCACUGCAGCGUAGGCAAGAAAUAAUUUACAGCUACGACCCGAAGACGUGUGGACAAGCUCUCGUAGGGAGAGAUCAUUGAGGGAGAGAGAGAGGGAGGGUGGGAGGGGGCAUUUAAGAGUGGCCUCCUCAAAACGUCCUUAAGGCAAUUCCCCAUCUACUGUCCUCACUGUUCCCCGUGUACAUUUAUCGCCCUCAUCCAGGGAAAGACGGCAACACCCAUCGGCUCCCUCCUCAACUUCCCCCCCCCCCCUCCUUUCUUCUUUCACAGCCUGGCUCACCGCGGCGGCGGAUCCUCAUCUCCGCUGCCCGCCGCCGUUUCUCUGUUCCUCUCCCCCGGGCUAG